GACAUUCUUAAAGUUAUUGGACGUGGAAGUUAUGCCAAAGUAUUGAUGGUUGAAUUAAAACAGACCAAGAGAAUAUACGCUAUGAAAGUAAUCAAGAAGGAGCUGGUUAUGGACGAGGAGGACAUUGACUGGGUACAGACUGAGAAGCACGUGUUUGAGCAAGCCUCCAAUCAUCCUUUCCUUGUUGGACUCCACUCUUGCUUUCAGACUGAGAGCAGAUUAUUCUUUGUUAUUGAGUGUGUUAAUGGAGGUGACCUCAUGUUCCACAUGCAGCGUCACAGGCGUCUACCCGAAGAACACGCAAGAUUCUAUUCGGCUGAAAUUGCUCUUGCACUUAAUUUCUUACACGAGAAAGGUAUUAUAUAUCGUGACCUGAAGCUCGACAAUGUUCUAUUGGAUCAAGAUGGACACAUCAAACUAACUGACUAUGGAAUGUGUAAAGAAGGAUUGAGAGCUGGUGAUACUACUAGUACAUUCUGUGGUACUCCUAAUUAUAUUGCUCCUGAAAUACUCAGAGGACAAGACUAUGGUAAUUCACUCAUUGUACUCAUACGUGUCCUUACAUGUAAAAAGUUUGAGCUGAU